AUGGCUGCUGCUACUCACGCUGUACGCAAGCUCGAUGCUGCGACAGACGAUAUCAUGGAUCUGCACUCCGACAGCGGUCUUGACUUCGACGAUGGCGACAUCGACCUUGAUCUCGAUCCUGCGCCACCAGCUCAGGCAGAUGACGACGACAUUUCUCUCAAGGACGCCGGAGCAGACGCGGAUCUCGAAACUCAGACUGUCUCUCCAGACCAAGACAUGGUAGACCAUGAGGUCGACGAUGAAGGCGACAUUCAGCUUGGAGAUGGAAUACAUGAUGACCAUGUCCCUAUAGACUAUACUACACCUGCCCAAGAGACUGCACCUGCGCACCCGGAUGACGACCUCAUCGAUUACUCCGACGACGAGGAUAUUUAUCCGACGCCAACCUAUAACCAAGGAACCCCAGCUCAGUCUGUAGGACAGACACAGGAUGUUCAGAAUGAUGAGUCGGCAUCUGAAAUCCAUGCACUUCCAGCAGAGGCACAAAUUCCCGGCUCGACGAAUGAGGAUGAAAUUGCCAAUCACGGCGACUAUGCUGACGGCGAGGAUAACUUCGAGCCUUCCGCAGAAAACGAAGAGCAGCACGAUGAGAACAACUUCGAGCCUUCCGCAGAAAAUCAAGAGCAGCACGAUGAGACGGAGUUCCGGGCUCAAGACGAGGCAGAGUACGAUACCGAUGGUGAUACCGGUGGAGUGCCAUUGCAGGACCAAGACUCUCAAGCUGAUGUGAGCGAGUACCAGCAGGGCGACCAUGUGGAGCAACAGUCUAUCGAGUCCCGCCCGAUCACUAUCAACUACGAGGGCAACGAGCUGUGGCUGUUCAAGCAACACGACGUCGAUGAGAGCGGUGAUUGGCUCACCGAAGACACUUCCAUUAUCCACUCUAGCCUGUCCGAAAUGUUCCAAGCUUGUCGGGCCUCCCUGGGUGAGAACAUCUCCAACGAGACUGAGUUAGGCUUACGCUUUGACCAUUUCCACAACAUGGAGAUCUUUGAAGACAGCACGGCGUGUGUCGCCGUAUCCCUCGGACGAAUGAUUGAUCUGUACUACACACUUCAUGCCCAGGAUGGCGAGAGCGAGCCUGAGUCGUUCUACAUGUGCCUGCUGUCCCGACCGCGAUUUGCGACUCUCCUCUCCGACAUUGCUAAACAUGCUGAUCAAGGUCACGGCUAUUCUGGCCUCAACUCUGCCAUAGCCGCAGGAGAGACACAUUUCGUUGAUGCGCACUCUGGUCAGUCCACUGAGCAUGAAGGUACGGAAUGGGACCAAGACGCAGAAGGUCAAGAAGAGUACGGCCAAAAAGAAGAGACCGAGCAAGAGGAGAACGUUGCUCAGGAGAACGCCCAAGAGGGCACAGAAAUUGUUGAUGAAGCGGCUGACGAAGCGGCUACUGGAAUUGAUCUUGGUGAGAACGAUGACCAGGACAAUGACGAGCCUCGAGUAAAUGGUGAAGAGCACUCGUCGAAGGCCGAAACCAAGUCUGAGCAUGCUUCUACCCCUGCAGCUGUUGCGCAUGGCAGUAGUCCUGCUGCACAAGAAAGCCCCGAUCGUAGUGCAGAGACCACUCAGCAUGAUGUCACUGCCAACCAGACAGCAGAACAGCUGGCGAAUGACACUGUAGACUACAGUGAUGACGAGGAUGACGAGCCGCAAACUCAGGCUCCCACCAACGCCUCACCGUCCUCAACUACAGUACAAGGUGACAAUCCCGCGACUAUUGAGGCAUCUGCUCCUACUGCCGAAUCCACCAGCUUUGAAAAAGAGUACCAGACUGGUUAUGAUGAUGCGUUCCCUUAUGCAGCGAAUGGGGCAUAUGAGGACUAUGCUCAUAACGAAGAACAGUUCGACCAUGAGAACAACGCAGAUAUGUACCAGGAGUAUGACGGAACCUAUGGCGAAGGUGAAGCCUCCGAUCUCCAGACAAAUGAUCAAGAUGCCUACCCCGCAGAGGCCGAUCUCGAUGGCCUUACUAACCAAGACUACACUGGCUACGAUUACCAGGACCUUGAGCAACAGCUGCAGAACGAAUUCAUCAGCGGUGGUGAAGUCGAUGGCACCGGUGCCGGUGAGUCCGCAAAUGGUGCACACGAGCUUGUAGACGGCGACGACUUCUUAGAUCUGGAGAAUGCUACCGAGUGGGGCACCGAUCAAGGACAAGCCGUCGAAGUAUCCGGAGACAACAUUUUCCUGGAUGAUGAGGUCACCGCGCACUAUGAGGAAGAGGAGGGCGGUGUGGUGGAGCAACCUGCGGUCGCGGCGUCUUCGGCUGCAGAUCCUGUUGCGGCCUCGUCAACCGACCUGCAAGAUAGCUCUCCGCAAGGACAGAAGAGGUCAAGAGACGAGGCCAGCGAUUCGGUUGGUGAUGCACUCGAUCCAUCAGGUACGCACCACAUCCAUGGUAUCAAUCUGUGUUGGCAAGACGCUGACUUUGUGUUCCCAGACACCAAGCGUCCCAGGGUUUAA